AUGAAUGUAAAAAACGAUAAGGAUGAUGAGGUUGAGACCUUUUGGAGAAACCAGCUAGACGAAAUUUCAAAUAUGGGUACCGAAGAUUUAAAAACCCAUAAUUUACCCAUUUCUAGAAUUAAAAAAAUUAUGAAGGAAGACGAUGAAAUAAAAAGUAAUCAGAUGAUUUCAGCAGACACCCCUGUUCUUUUGGCCAAAGCUUGUGAGCUCUUCAUUAUGGAGAUGACUAAGAAUGCGUGGAAGUAUACAGAAGAAAGCAAACGAAGAACACUGCAAAGACAGGACGUGAUUUGCGCUGCUUGCAAAAGAGACAUUUUUGAUUUUCUGAUAGACACUAUACCGAUAGAGGAACGGAUAAAACUUAAUAAUUUAAAUGCCAAGGAGAACUCCAAGAAGAACAACAACAGCAGCAGUAGCAGUGGUAACGGCAGUGGUGACGGUAGCCAGGGUGGUGGAAACGACAGUGGUGGGAACGACAGCAGGGACAAUCAAGACCUUGACCACAACAAAGUCGACUUCGACACCCUGAAGCAGUACUACAAUAUGUAUUCUUCAGCCUGCGAUGACAAGGACUCAGUGAACUUGCAGGAGUUCAAUGAUGAGCUUAUCGAAAUUGUGGAACUCGUCGAGAAGGAGUUACAUGCAGCAAAUGCCUUGACGCCCGAAAGCGGGACAGCCGUCAAUUUGGCAAAGCUGCGCGAAGUGGCGAAGGAAUUAGUUGCCAGUUUAAAUGCCUUGUACAAGAAUAGCAAGCCAGUUAACGCUUCGAGGCCGCCAAACAACCAGGCUGUCGACUUUGCAAACAACCUGUUCUUCUGUUUUAACCAAAACAGCCAUUUGAAAGGGGAGAACUCCAGCUCCAACAGUAACGAUGGACAGUGCAUAUACAACACGAAAGGCUCCGACGAGACGCAUCUCAAUAGUCUCAGUAGCAGUGGAAACCAGUACACACAAGGAAACGGAAUAACAAAAUACAACACUAGACGCAGCUGCAGUAGUAACAACCAGGGAUCAACAAGUGAGUAUUUCGCAAACAACAACGUGAAUGCAAACCAUGCCAAUUUAAAAUGCUAUUCAUGCGUUAAGGAUAAUAUGGCCAGACAGGGUAAGCAGAAGUAUGGAAAAAACAUGCUGAACGAGUCAGGCGAUUCCUACCAGGAGAUGGACACAAGUAAGCACGCAAAUAAGCAUGCAAAUAAGCGUGCAAAUAAGCGUGCAAAUAAGCAUGCAUCUAUGCCAGCAAGUAGAACAGUGAACAUCCCUAGUACUUCGCAAAACAGGGACCUUGUCCCAGGAAUCAUCCCGUCCUACCAGGAAUUGGAGGAGCUGAAAAAUAAAUACCUAAAUGCUAUGAAGACAAUGAAUCUUCCCAAAAUAUCCGACAUUUUGAACAUGUCAAAUUUGUCUAACGCAUCGAAUGAAAAUGGCCAUACUAGUGACAAGAACUGUAAUGGAAACAUCCUUUUGAACCCUAAUUUGUACCUCACUUCGUUGACAUCUUUGUACAAUGGAAUGUCGUCGACACAGUGUGCACUGGCUCAGCACAAUUCGGUGAACAACAGUGAGAUGAGGAAGCCAAAGGUCGGUGCGAACAAGCGAACCGUGCAGGUCCAACAGGUGAAGGAUGCAAACACGCGUGGUGCAAACACGAAAAAUGCGUACCCCAACAACCGACGACAACAAUCCCGCAAGAGCGAUGUCAAAUCAAGUGACAACAUGAACCCGCAGCAAAAUUACCUCAAUAAUUGCCACCCCCCGGAUGUAACAAAAAGGGGACCAACCUAA